AUGACAUUGUCACAGGCAAUUGAAACUACAUCUGAUGCCAUAUCACACGCAUUGGAUGCCAUUAGCGUCAAGGAGCCAAGCAUUGUAUUGAAUCAUCCAGUCGACCCCUCCAGUUUAUCUCAAGUGGCCAACGUAUGUCGCAGUCAACUAGCUGAUGCGGUACAGUCGUCAUUAUCACCACCAAAUAUUGAUGUUGACGACGUGGAAGAUCAAGAGACCAAAGCGAAGGUCAGUAGCUUUAAAGAUCUGUUUCUAGACAAGUCACAAGACUUAGUGCUAGCCAUUUCAUUCCAGACCCUAGCCGAUAGACUUAAUCAAGAGUACAUGGUAUCCUCUAAUUCUUCGUUUUCUUCUUCAUCACCAUCACUGUUAAGAUCUAUCCCAAUUGAAAAGGACGUUGUGAAGAAUGUAUCAGAGGAAGAUUUGAGUUAUUUCAGUCGGCUUUUCAUAUUGCUCGAUGCCUUUGCUUAUUUGGUGAUCUCCGACUAUCCAGGCAUCAAACCAAGUUUCUACAUAUGUAUAUCCAAUAUCUUAGAUGUACUUUUCAAUGUUUCCCCCAAGGCUAUAGAUAUCUUUUGGUAUUACAUGGAAACAAGGUUUGAAGUAUUCCAAGACAAAGUGUUCGAUGCUAGUGCAGUCAGUGAUCGGAUCUCGUUGUUGGAGCUCACCAAUAGAGUAACAGAUAAGUUUUGCAUCUACAAGAAGAAAGAUUCCUAUCAAAAGGAUUCCUUUAAUGAUCGCUUGGAUGCUCGGGUUCGUUUAUUUGUGACCAAAAUCUUACUAUUUGAAGAUAAUACGGGGUUAAACAAGUAUUUCUCCGUUAGUAACAGAGUUAUUAAUGAAUCCAUUCCAACAGGGAAGUUCAAGUCAAAUAAUUCGUUUCUUAUAGGAGCCAUUCAGCUUCAAAAGCUCUUAAAGGAUCCAUACUACUUUUUGAAGCAAUCUAAUCAUAGAGUCUUACGUGAAUAUGUUGAUAUCAUGAGAGAUGUAGUCGAUCAUUUACUACAAGAAGAACUCAAGUCCAAGAAGCUUAAGGCUACUACUAUACCUACUACUCAUGAACAUUAUUCAUUGGUGGCUCCUAAGAAAUCUGAUCUUGAAGAAUCCAAUUUAAAGACUAAGUAUAGUGGUUUGAAUUAUUUCCCUGAAUUGUUUUGGCUAUCACCAUUUGAAAAGCUGCGUGGGGCAGAAUAUGAUGAACUUAAGUCCAAAGAUUUGGAGUUUUGGGAUGUCCAAUUCAAAAAUCCCAAGUUUAGAAGAAUUUAUCUCCUUCAAAUUUAUAUUAUUACUGGAAUGUUAGUUGAGUUAAGUGCUAGUAAUAAGAAGGAAUUAUUAAAGACCAUUAGUGCACCUGCUAACAUCAAACAUAUCACUGAAGAUUCAUUGGUAGAGACAUACUUACCGUCUAUCAUACGUAUUCGAAAGAGAUUCAGAGAUGUUAUGAAACAAUGUGAUGAGAAGUUCUUCUUCUUAUUACAGCACUUGGCAGUGAACGAACUCUAUUGGUGGGGAUGGUUAAUCUACAACAAAACUGUUGAUGGGAAACCGUUUUUCAAUGAGGCUCCUUUAACUUCCAACGAUAUCGAUUUAGUGAAGGACAAGUUCAAGACAGUGAUACCUUUCAAAGAGAAGCGGUAUUUCAACUUAUAUGGAACACCUCAAUUGUCACGGAAAAUGAAGACACCUACAGGAUUGGAUCUUUUAAAGAAAGACAAUCUGCCCGAUAUUGACUUGUUAAAGGGAAAGUUGGCUACACUUGAGAAAUCAGCUGAAGAUGGUAAUGUGAAGGAACAGAUUAGUAUACUUCGAUGGAAGAUAAUGAAGGUUGAACGAACAUAUGAAUGGCUUAAUUUUGGUACAACUAUCGAUAAGCAAAAGUUUAUGGAUAAAGAAGAAGAAGAAGAAGAACCAGCUAGAAAGAAGGUCAAAGUGGAAGAGACGGAACAGAUGGAAGAGGACGAGCCAAAUGAAGCCACGGAGCAACCUGAAAUCUCAGGACAACCUGAAGUCGCAGAGCAAACUGAAGUCGCAGAACAAACUGAAGUGAUUGAAAAGCGUGCAGUAACUGAACAGACUGAAGACACAGUACAACCUGAACAACCUGAACAACCUGAACAACCUGAACUAGAUCAGACAGUGACUGAAACUUAA